UGAUGAGCAGUGUAGCCCCAGCAGUGCCACCUGUCAGUGCCCAUCAAUGCCAGCUGUCAGUGCUCAUCAAUGCCACCUGCCAGUGCCCAUCAGUGCCUCAUCAAUGCCACAUAUCAGUGCACAUCAAUACGACAUAUCAGUGCCCAUAUGAGCUGCCUGUCAGUGUCCCCUAUCAGUGCCAGUCAGUGUCCCCUAUCAGUGCCAGUCAGUGCCCCCUAUCAAUGCCAGUCAGUGCCACAUAUCAGUGCUGCCAAUCAGUGCCGCCUAUCAGUUGCCCAUCAGUGCUGCCUAUCAGUGCCCGCCUAACAGUGCCAGUCAGUGCCACCUAACAGUGCCAGUCAGUGCCGCCUAUCAGUGCCAACUAUCAGUGCUGCCUAUCAGUGCCAUAUAUGAGUGCUGCCUUACAGUACCCAUCAGUGAUGCCUGUCAAUGCCCAUCAGUGCCACCUACUAGUGCCUCCUCAUCAGUG